AUGGCAUCCCUUAGUGCUGACAAUGUUGCACAGUUGGUGCAAGCUGCAACUGACGCUGCGAAGGCAGCCAGUGAAGCUGUUUUGGCCAUGAAGGAGCAGCAGACUGCUCGAGCUGGACUUAGUGAUGGUUUCAAAGAGGCCUCUAAGGUGAUCCGUCAACCAGAGCCUUUUGGGUCUGAAGUUCAUGAAGAGGACUUAGGACGAUGGCAGGAUUUCAAUGUGAAUUUCCGUGCUUGGCUUUUCUAUGGCAACAAGCACUUCGAGGGUGACCUGCAUAGGAUAGAAUCUGUGCAUGGAGAUAUCCCCAUACCUAGCGUUGAUGGAGAAGCCCCAGAAGUUCAGGACAGAUGCAGCCAAUUAUACAGCAUACUCACUGGUUUGCUUCGUGGAAAACCACUGCGCAUGCUCAGACAAGUUGAACGCAGGAAUGGAUUUGAGGUUUGGCGUCAGCUUAGCCAGAUGUUCCAGCCCAAGACCAAGAGCCGAGCCAUUUCCAUUCUCUCUGCACUUGUCAAUGUUCCCAACUUCGUGAUGAAGGACAGGACUUUGCUUGACCAAAUACUUGGCCUUGAAAGACUUAGAGCUGAAUAUGUCAGAGCCAGUGGAAGUGACAUUGCCGAUGACGUGAUGCUUUCUGUACUGGUUAGAGCGCUGCCUAAGGCACUGCAACAGCAUGUUCAACUUCAAAUGUCAGAGACCUCCUCCUAUGACCAAGUGCGCGCCAUGGUGAUCUCCUACGAGCGCACCACGACAAGCUGGAGUGCAGGCAAGAUCCAUAGCGAGCUGGGCAUUUUGUCCUCAGCUGCAACUGCGAAUGACCAAUGCCUUCACUGCGGCCGCUACGGCCAUUUCAAGCGUGACUGCUGGAAGCUUCAUGGAAAGCCAGACUCCAAGAAGGUGAACCAGGUUGAAUCGCAGACUGCAACCUCCACUGCAACUUCUUCCAGUGGUGGUGGCCCUUCCAUUUCGCCGCCUUCUACAGCAGCAGCCAGUUCAGUGCGUUUGUUUACAAGCCUUGACCACAUGCAUGGACCUUUGAUCGAAGAUUUAGACGAUUUGGAAGUUUGUGACCUGACAAUGCAUGAUUCAAGUGGCUUUUGCAACAUGGUUUCACAGAUGCAUGAUGGACUUGACACUCUGGACUCAACAUGCGAUGGUGUAUACAUGGAGUGCUGCGAGUGUUUUGACAUGUCGUAUUCAGAUAGUGACAGUAACUGGACCAUUUGUGAUUUUUCAGAUGACACUGCUUUGCAAAUUUUUUCAGAUGACAUUGCUUUGCAACCUUUUCUGGCAUUUGUGAAAGAGAUGGUGAACCAUUUUCAAUCAGAGCAAUUGGCCUUUCUGAGCCAAGAGACGUGGAGGUGGUGCUGGAUUCUGGAGCUGAUGGCUCUGUGCUGCCGUUGGAGUACGGCCACAUUGGCCAGCCUGACCCUUCGUUUGAUGGUUCUUCAUUUGUUGAUGCACAAGGACGGCACUUGGGAUUUAGAAGAGUUCAGCCAAAGCAUUUCAGAGCUCUCCACAAUGGUGGCACCCUUUGACACCAACAAGCGAGUGACAGAAGUCAUCACCAUUGCCCAUACCAGUGUUGUCCCUCCUGAGGCCCUUGGAUUUGCAAUGCAAUCUGAUGAUGUUGUACCACGACAGCGUAUGGAGGUGAUAGCACCACGUUCAGGUAUUCCUUUGCAAGCAUCUGGAUCUGCUGACAGGCCAAUGGGCGUUGAACCAGCAGAGGAAGUUCCAGCUGCUGAAGAUGCUGAGUUACCAGUCCCUGAAAGGGAUGCAGGUCCAGAACCCAAUGAGAUCUUGAUUGAUGGCGUGAAGCUUGAUUCAAACACCACUUUGAAAACUUUGCGUACGGCAUGUGAGAGUCUAGGACUAGCCACUGGUGGGAGUAAGAAAACAUGUUUGAAAAGACUUUGGGAUCAUCUUCAGGCGCAGGAGAUGAUAGCUGCACAUGGUGCAAAGACCCAACUACAGGCUGAGCUGCAGAGGCCAGUUCAUGCACAACCAGUUCCGACAGAUCCCACUGACAAAGAGCGUGCAGAUCACAUGCUUACACAUCAACCUUAUGCUGCUUGGUGUGAGCUUUGCGUUGCAAACAAAGCUGUUCAAGAUCAACAUCCCCAGCGUGUUGAGGCCAGUGGAGACCACUCAUGCGUGAGCUUUGACUUUGGCUACGCUUCGAGGUUUGAUGGUGAGACUAAGGCUUGUGGACUUUUCAUACAUGACCGUGACACAGGAUCUCAUGCUUCAAAUGGUGGAGCUGAAGUGACAGUUAAAGUCUUGAGGCAGAAUGCCAAUGUGCUGAUACAGCAACUUGAGCAAGGCCUGACCCCAUACGAGAUUUGCUCUGGCCGUUCCUACAAUGGCAGACUUGCGCUUUUUGGUGAGAGUGUGCUUGGCUUUCUGAAGGUGUCUACAAAGGGCGCGACCCCAUGGCAGUUUGGCUAUGCGUCGCUUGGCUCUCAGCUUGUUUUGGCAAAAAGGAUAUCAUCCCCAGCACCUUUGUCUUUACCACAAGUUCCACCACGUGAUCUUGAUGUAGAGGCUGUCAUGGGAGUUCCACCUACUCCUGAUGAACAUGCUGACGACGAUGUUGGCCCAGUCCCUGCCACACCAGCCAUGCCACGUGUUUUAGCUCCUCCUUCUACAAGUGUUUCUGUUCCUGCAAGGCGUGAACCUGAUGAUGACAUGGAGGUGUCAGCUGAGGCGGGGAUCACUGCAGAACAUGGUACAAGUGCACCGGUGACUCCACCAGUUGAAGGAGCUACUAGCUCAACAGUUUCUGCAGGCGGUGCUGCAGAUGUUUCUGUUCAUGGAACACAUGUACACCAAAGAGACGAUGUGGACGAAGGUGGUGACAGCAGGCCAUCUAAGCAGCCAAGACUUUUACGCUUUUGUGAACAUGAGGAAAAUAGUCAUGUUACCCAUUUCGAGUCUGAUGAGUUGGAUGCACUAGAGGUGUAUGAGUUUGAGUUGGACGAUGAUGAGGACGACAGUGAAGAGCCUCAGCUUAGCUCUUCAACUUGCAGUGACGAUGUUUUGAAGCUUUUGACUGUGCCCUUUACGACUUUAGAGCCUGACAUUAGCGGUGAACAACUCCUUCGACUUGACAUGCUUGCCGACAGGGUGGAGAUCGAGCGUUUGAAAAGUAUGCAGGUUCUUCUACCUGUGGAGACCUAUGACUGCAAAGGUCAAACAACAGAGUUUAUGCUGGGCAGAGUGUUGCCUGGACAAAGGAAUGGAUCUCAGCUUUGGCAUGAAUGUUUCAGCAAUUUGCUAAAGUCAGAACUUGGCUUUGUUGAAUGCGAAGCCUACCCUUGCUUGUUGAGGACAGCUGGAUCCGAAUGUUUGCUGAUGCUUCACGUGGACGAUGUCCUGUGCCUCAGCAACAAAGACUACUUGGAGUGUGUCUUGCUGCCUGCGUUGAAAGCAAAGUUUAAGAUCUCCUGUGAGAAGGUUGAGAACCCGGGAGAUGAAUUGACCUUCUUGAAGAGGAGGCACAUGCUUUUGUCUGAGAACGAGUUGGCUGUGCAAAGCCAUCCAAAGCACUUGGAACGUUUGUUUGACUUGAUGCAUAUCAACAGAAACCUCAAGCCCAAAAGAACGCCAGGCCAUCCUAUGUUGGAUGAACCAGAUGAUACUGCAGAGCUUGGACCCAGUGAUGCCCACCAUGGGCUACUGCACUACAAUGAGUUGGACUACACCUUGGAGGUGUACUCAGACAGCGAUUGGGCCAAGCACAAGACCACAAGGAGUCAGAAAGCUUUGGCAUUGAGUUCGGCUGAAGCCGAGAUUUACUCUGCUGCAGGUGCUUGCUGCGAUGGAGUGUUGAUGUUCUACUGCCUUUCAUUUGCAAUUGGACCAGAACUGGAGAUAUACGACCUUUCCUCCUCAAGUUUUGUUGGCUCCAAUGCUGCAGAGAGUGUGAAACAGAAAGAAGUGAUGAAACAAGGUGUCAAAGUGUUUACAAAACAUGGAAGUUCUCCCCAAGAGUCAAAACGACUGAUGAGAAUCCUUUUGCUCAGCGCCUUGAGCCUCCCUGAAUCGAUGGCUAUGGAGUUCAAUGUCAGCACCGGUUCUUCCACCACUGCUUCUACGUUUUGGUGGCAGCUUCUUUGCAUGGUGUUGAUGACUGCUCUUUGCAUUGCGCUUGGAUGGAUCUUCUACUUGCAGUGGCAGAUCAAUGCUUUGCAAGGCAAGUGCUCUAAGCUCUCGAUCGACACCAAGCUCUACAAGGUGCUUGACUUGUUAAAAGGGUAUAAAGACAAAAUGUUAAGAAAACAUGAAAGUGGGGAAGAAGAAAACCAAGAGAGUGACCCAAUUGUUGAAAACCCUGACACGACGAGUGAUGUCCAUACUAUGGCUUCUGGAGAUGCCACUCGUGGCCUUGAUCCUCAGACUGUUCAGCUGAUGCGUGACACCAACUCCGUCUUGCGUGCCCGAUAUGAUCGACUUGAAAGUCUUUAUGAAGAAGCUGAAAUUGUCCAAGAUGAGGACGCCAUGUACACCCUCCAGAACCAGAUGGACGAAGUCAUGCAACUGAUGUAUGACAUUUGAGUUUUUUUAGCGAAAGAAUCCAUGCCCUUAGCUUGUGACAUUAGAAGAAUGUCUCAUGGAUUCGAACUGAAACUUUGGAAAUCAACAUUGGUCAAAAAGACCAUGUUGAGGCAGGGUGAACAAAGUUUACCCAACCAUACAUGUGCCUAUACAUACAUGUACUUGCUGUCAUUUUGGUGUUGCAUAGCAUAGCCAUUGAAACCUUUGGCAGCUUGUCAGUUCAUGUGCAAAGACAUAUACGUUGAGGCGUUUCUUGAUCGAGC